AGGAUUGCGACUCCAUGGUUUGUGCAUCAUUGGAUGGAGCCAGGUCCAUGUGGCCUUGCCUUUUGUUUACUCUUUUACUGGAUGACUGUACUGCCCUUGAAGUUGAUGUUUGUCUUUGGAAAGAAGUGGGCAACUUUUUCGAAGGAAAUCACCUGGAGUCUUGAUGGACUUUUCGGAUUGAGGAAGCUGCUGGUUCCCAUUUCAGAGUAUACAGUCAUUAAUGAAGCCUGCCCUGGAGCCGAGUGGAAUAUCAUGUGUCGGGAGUGCUGUGAAUACGAUCAGAUUGAGUGCGUCUGCCCCGGAAAGAAGGAAGUAGUGGGUUACACCAUCCCUUGCUGCAGGAACGAGGAGAAUGAGUGUGACUCCUGCCUCAUUCACCCAGGUUGUACCAUCUUUGAAAACUGCAAGACCUGCCGAAAUGGCUCGUGGGGGGGCACGCUGGAUGACUUCUACGUGAAGGGGGUCUACUGCGCAGAGUGCCGCGCGGGCUGGUACGGAGGAGACUGCAUGCGUAAGUAG